UAGAGCGAAGGCAAAAUGAUCCGUCGGAAUCUCCGAGCUAGAUCUGUUCACUAUUUUAUUAUCCAUAAUCAAGAUUUCAACAGUGAAAUACUUUUGGCAUUAGGUUUGUAGCCCUUUUUUUAAAUUGGUAGAUUUGCAGGUUCCUGGUCGGGAACUUAAAAAUGUGUUUUGUUUUCAGGGUUGUGUGUGAAAUGCGCUGAUGUUUCGAGUGUGAGGGAAACUGGAAACUCAGGGAAGCACAAGCGUGACCAUGCUGAAAGGGCAGGGGCAGGAGCAGGAUGCUCGACUCAGCCUUGACGAGAUCUCGAGCAUCUCGCAGGUGACCAUGGCUAAGCGGCUGAAGCAUGCUUCUCUCUGGGUUUUGGUGCUCCAGACCACCUCACUGGUCCUGACCAUGCGCUACUCACGCACUCUGCAGUCCGAGGGUCCGCGAUACCUCGCCUCUUCCGCUGUCGUGUUCUCCGAGAUCCUCAAGAUCCUCACCUGCACCCUGCUUGUCUUCAGCAUCAAAAGUUAGUCUCCGUCAGUCUGCUUUUAGAUAAUCCUCUAGACCAGUGGUCACCAAUCCUGUUCCUGGAGAUCUACCUUCCUGAAUCAUAAUGGUGCCCAAUCAUUGCCUUAAGAAGUUCUUGAUCGACUACAACAGCCAUGUUAGAUUGUGGUUGGAGAUGAAACCUGCAGGAAGGUAGAUCUCAAGGAAGAGAGUUGGUGACCAAUGCUCUAGAUUC